GUUCGAUUUGAUUUUCGUGUCGAUUCAGGAGUGCUUUUACGGACUUAAGUAAUCAACUUUGUGUUUUUCAUUGGCAUUUUACUAGGAAUUUAGGAAGCUAUUUUCCCUCUUUACAAUGGCUCAAAAAUCCAUACUAUCAUUUUUCACCAAAACGGAUGUCAAGAAGUACGAUGACGAUGACAAAGUGAAUGAGAACGGAAAGGAGAAGGAGGACAAAAACAGUGCGGUUAGUAAAAAAUCGACCAGCAGCGUCACUGAGGAUGACGAUAGUCCCGUGAAGCGAUCCGGGGGACGUAAGCAGAAUGCCGCUGCUUUCGAUUCUUCACCAUCUCCUUCGCCGGAGAAGAAGACGACGACGACAAAGGAGAGUCCACCGAGUUCCGGGAGCAAUACGAAGCGCCGUCGGAUCGCCUCGUCCAGCAGUGAGGAUGAAGCCCCUAAGAAGAAGUCUAGUCCUGUGGCAAAAAAAUCCGAAGGGGACAAACCUGUCAAACAGGAGAAGACAACUCCGCAGAAAACUCCUAAAUCAACUAGCAAGUCCUCUAAAAAGUCUAAGGAGGACAAGAAGACGUCCAAAAAGAGUUCUCCGAAGGAAAAAUCUAAGGAAACGAAAACUAGUUCUUCGGUGAAGGAGGAAAAACCGGUUGGCGAGGACGUCGAAAUGAAGGAAGUCAAGGAGGAGGUUGAGUCUCCCAAAAAAGAAUCGAAACCGGUUGAUAACAAGGACAAGACGGUGAAUGUGAUGAGCUUUUUCACUAGCGCUGGUAAAAAGGAAAGUAGUUCUGGAAGCGGAACCAAAACGGAAGGCGUCGAGUAUAAUCCGAGCAAGAAGAACUACCACCCAAUUAAUGACGCAUUCUGGAAGAAGGGUGAGAAGGUACCAUACUUGGCGCUGGCCAGGACGUUCCAGAUAAUUGAGGAAACCAGCGGUCGACUGCGCAUGAUGGAAAUCCUGUCCAACUUCUUCCGGUCGGUGAUACUGCUCAGUCCGAACGAUCUACUGUCGAGCGUUUAUCUCUGUCUGAAUCAGCUUGCUCCUGCUUACGAAGGUAUUGAGUUGGGUAUCGCCGAGCACACGUUGAUGAAAGCGAUUGCCCAAAGUACCGGACGAAGUCUGGCUCAGAUCAAGACUGAUGCCCAGAAUACGGGUGAUCUGGGGUUGGUGGCCGAGCAGUCCAAGAGCAGUCAGCGAAUGAUGUUCCGUCCGGCUCCGCACUCGGUGGAGGGUGUUUUUGGGAAGCUAAGGGAGAUAGCCAAGAUGACCGGAACGACGUCGAUGGCCAAGAAGAUGGACAAGAUUCAAUCGAUGUUCGUGGCGUGUAGGCAUUCGGAGGCUCGAUUCAUCAUUCGUUCGCUUGCUGGGAAGCUUCGGAUAGGUCUGGCGGAACAAUCGCUGCUGCAAGCACUGGCUCAAGCAUGUGCCAUGACUCCACCUAAUCAGAAGGACGCCAAAGAACCCAUCAUCAACGCGCUGAGCAAGUGCAACGAAGCAUCGGCCAAGGCCAAGGCGGACGAAAUUACUCUUAUCCUGAAGACAGUCUACUGUCACUGUCCGAACUACAAUCAGAUUGUUCCGGUUCUGCUGGAACAUGGCAUCAAUCAUUUGCUGGAGAAGUGUCCGAUGAUGCCGGGCACUCCGUUGAAGCCUAUGUUGGCGCAUCCGACCAAGGGCGUCCAAGAAGUGCUGGAACGGUUCGAAGGAAUCGAUUUCACCUGCGAGUGGAAGUACGACGGAGAACGGGCUCAGAUUCAUCUGCUGGAGGACGGAAGUGUCAACAUCUACAGUCGGAAUCAGGAGAACAACACCAGCAAGUAUCCGGAUAUCAUCGCGAGACUGGAUAACACUCGGAAGGAAGCGGUCACCAGUGCGAUUCUGGACUGCGAGGCCGUGGCGUGGGAUCCGGAAAAGAAACAGAUUUUGCCGUUCCAGAUCUUGAGUACCCGGAAGCGAAAAGACGCCAACGAGGCUGAUAUUAAAGUUCAGGUGUGCGUCUUCAUGUUCGACCUGCUGUACUUGAACGGCGACCCGCUGGUGGAGCGUCCGUUCCUCGAGCGUCGGGAGCUUCUGUACAAGCACUUCAGUGAAUUCGAAGGCGAAUGGAAGUACGCCACCCGACUGGAUACCAGCGAUAUCGACGAACUACAUCGUUUCCUGGACGAAGCGGUCAAAGGCAACUGCGAAGGUCUGAUGGUCAAAACCCUCCAGAAGGAAGCCACCUAUGAGAUUGCUAAACGAUCCAGGAAUUGGUUGAAACUGAAGAAAGAUUAUCUCGCCGGAGUGGGAGACUCGCUGGAUCUAGUUGUCAUCGGAGGCUACAAAGGCAAGGGUAGGCGAACCGGAACGUACGGCGGAUUCCUACUUGCUUGCUACGACGAAGACAACGAAGAGUACCAGAGCAUCUGCAAGAUCGGAACGGGAUUCUCCGAUGAGGAUCUCCAGACGCACGCCGAUUUCUUCAAGAACAAAAUCAUCCCACGAGCAAAGAAUUACUACCGAUACGAUUCAUCACACGAGCCGGACGACUGGUUCGAACCAGCUCAGGUGUGGGAAGUCCUUUGUGCUGAUUUAUCACUCAGCCCGGUCCAUCGUGCCGGGCAGGGAAUCAUCGACGCGGAAAAGGGCAUCUCGCUGCGUUUCCCUCGGUUCAUCAAGAUUCGCGAAGACAAAGGCGUCACCGAUGCUACCUCGGCCAAGCAGGUCGCCGAGAUGUACCUGAAUCAGGACCAGAUCAAGAACCAGAAAGGCAACCAGCGAGAUCCCGAAGAAGAUUUCUACUAAAGCCCAGUAAGUCUUGUUAAUCGUUUAUUAGUUUACAUUUAG